UGGAGGGUGGAGGAAAAAAAAAAGCGGAGCAACUACUCCUGUUUACAACCACAUAAUGGAGUCCAAAUGGCCAAAUACGAUUCGCAAGCGUAUAUUAUUUACUGGAUUUACGCUUUGUGUUGUUUUGGUCACAAGACCCACGUCUGCGAUCGAGAUACACGCUGAGUCUGAGGUGAUGGUACAGAACGGUACCACGGGGAUUCUUCGAUGCACCUUUAAGUCCAGCGAAGUGGUCAGCUCGGCCACCACGGUGACCUGGUACUUUCAGUCGAGUCAUCCCGACAGUCAGUUCUACAAAUCUCCAUAUGCGAUUUUCUACUUUACAGCUGGGAGAGGAUUCCCAGGGCCAGAGGAGUUCAAAGACCGAGUGCAGUUUAUCGGGGACAUCAACAAGAGGGACGUCUCGAUACAGCUGAGCCCGACUUAUUUCAGCGACAAUGGCACGUUUCUCUGUGACGUAAAGAACCCCCCAGAUAUUAUAGGGACGCAGGCUCGUACCGAGCUCAGGGUCGUGUUGAAAGAGUCUUAUUCGCAGAACAACACUACGUUUAUAGUUGCAGGAGUUUGUGGUGCUUUAUUGGUGCUUGUGCUGAUUGCUGUGGCGGCCUGCAUUGUCAUGAGGGUGCUUCACAACCGCCAUGAUUACGAAGGCUGUACGUCCUUGGAAAGCGUGAACUCUCAGGCUCCGCAGCCUCGAAAGAAGGUGGAGUCCAGAGUGGAGGGCUCCAGAUCUACCAGUCCCUCGGGUCCGCUACAGGGCCCGGUGAUAUACGCCCAGUUGGAUCACUCAGGCAGCAAAAACUCCUUCCAUAAGAUGGAGCCCGUGGUCUAUGCUGACAUUCGUAAAAACUGAAGAGGAACCGGGCACCAAAUAAAGAAAAAAAAGUAAACAAAAAUCCAGUAAAAUAUGAGACCUCUCUAUCAGCUGCUCUUGGGAAGGGUGGGGAUAUCUCAACAGGGACACAAGUGGUGCAGUCUCUCUCUCUCUCUCUCUCUCUCUCUCUCUCUCUCUCUCUCACUCUCUCUCUCUCCCUAUUUCUCUCUCUCUUUAAAAUUUUGUCCUCUGAAAGCAUGAUGAUAUUAUACGAUAAAGUAAUGUCUCCAUGUGCUUUGUUGUAAAAACAAAAGAAAAAAAAGCUAUGAAAACACUCCAAGUCGAUAUUCCACCACUCCGUUACAUCAAAACUGUUCUCCAAAAAAAACCAGGGGCACACAUAAAAACGAGAAUGCCUUCAGUUAUCAUUCCAAGUAUUAUUUGUUUGUUUUGUUUUUGUUCUUGUAGCUUUGUGCCCCCCGUCCCCCAUUAAAGGUUUAGCAGGCUGUUGCACCAACUCAACAGUCCUACUUAAGAUGCUCACACCUGAACCGAGUGAGCCCCGUUUCAUAAAACGAAGCAAAACAAAAAACAUUGGUGCGUUAAACUGUUUCUUCCAGAGAGAAGACGACGUUAUAAAGCACAUAUUUGAACGAUACUCUCACUGUUUGUCUUACGUCGCCUUCUCAUUCAUUGAUCACUUCUGCCGAAACUUUGGUGCUUUUUAUUGGCCGGUGAGACUGGUCUGAAACUGUACAAACAGCAACAUCAGUAAAGAUCAAAGAAAAUCUACCAACGUCAAAACCUCAAGUUACAUCUUUUUGUUAGAAACGGCAGCCUGUAGUCGUCACAAAGUCGCACCUGUGCUCUCGUCUGAUCCAAACUGUGCCGCAUUUAGAUCAAUGUAAAGAGAUGUAGUGUGGUCCAGUGUGUGCUCACAGUGUUCAAAGUCCCAUUAAUGAGCCGGGCAGACACUCCACCGUUUUAUCCUCCUUUGUUUACGGGCUUCUGAUCUCACUAUGCGCGCCUCUGUCAUCCUGAAAACCUGAUUGGUUCAUCAACAAGACUGCGCAAGUUUUUCCUGUUCUGAUGGGUCACUGUGUCACAUUUCAUGAUUAUAGAGUCAUAAAAUCUUUCUACACCUGAACGAUAAUGGCACUCAGAAGGAGGUGCUUGUAAUUUCCAGGGGAAAAAAAGUAAACGUGGAGUCAACUGAAGUGGUGUGUAUGACACACUAUGACUCACUCCUUCAGAUAAAAUUUGUAACUUCUGUUCACAGAGAACAGCUUGUGCGGUGCUUUUGGACAAAUUUCAUACUUUUUUAAACUCCCAUCUAAACGAGGAAAGAACCCCUGCAUUCAUUUCAGUGAUCACUGGAAUAUUAAAAAGAACGUAAUUUAUAGAAUUAAAGCACAAAAAAUUUGCAUCUUUACAAAAUGUGAAACUUCAAGCUGCUCAGUCCUGAGAGCUGACACGAUGAUCAUCCCACGAGAACAAAAAAGAAAGUACAUGAUAAAAAAGGGAAAAGGUACAUUUACCAAUAUUGUUUCUAUGAUAAAGAGUAAAUAUGUCUCCCAGCAUAGUGCUGGUAUUACACAGCGUCAGUUUUUGUCAGUUAUGCCACACUGCAUGAGAUAAAAUGACCAAAGUUUGUGCAAUGUGUCAUCUCAGAUUAGAAAGUAAUUAGGGGUAAUAUGUGUUGUCUGAACUCAACCUCAGUCAAAUUAAAAAGGAAAAACACUGCUUUGAGUAAAAGGAUUAAAUCUUUAACAGCAGAAGAAUAACUUCUGACUGAAACGGCAACAUUUUUUUCUUCUGGUGGAAGUUUAGACGUCCUGUACUGUGAGUGAGCGGUGACCCUUAAAGCGGACUCGACCUGUACUGUAACUUCUGUCUGUCUGCCUUCAUAUCUCAUCGACUUCGCUAACAGCUGGUGCAACAGUCUGCCGAAGCCACGGCUCCCUCUCCAUCGUCAGGCACUUCCAUAGUGAUGUUGUUCUGUAGAGGCGAGUGAUGUAGAUGUAGAUUUUUUUUUGUUUUGUUGUUGUUGUUGUUUUGUUUUUUUACACCGCCUUCGGUAACUUUGCAUGCAGAUAUGACAUCUAAAGAAUAACUUUGGUACUGCUCAGUUGGCUUAUUUAAUUUUUAAGAGCAGAAGCAGCUGUCUGACGUUGGUGUUACUGUGAAUGCUUCACUUCUCUGUAAACUCCCGGCAUGUCGUUGUGGUACCGGUAAAGACGCCGCAUUUAGAUUUUCACCUCAGUGGAACAUUCCGUACGUUUAAGUUUCAGUUGCUGUCACUUUUUUUAUUUUUCUUUGUCCCAGUUGUGUACAUAUAAACACAUGGGCAAUGCAACCCAGGUAGAUUUAUGUGAUUUCUUUGUUUUUAUUAAAGAGCCAUGGGCAGUUUAUUUCUUUAUGUUGAAAUAUGCAUGUUAGGUUCAAUUGAGGUGAAAGAUCUCCUUCCUAUGAAAACUGGGAGAUGUUAUUUUGUGGAACAAUACACACAUUUGCAUGCAAUUUACUAACAUAACGCGCAUUAUUAUGAGACUAUCCGUCCUCUUUUUCUUAUUUAUGCAUAAUAUAAAGCUCUUUGUUUGUCAAACUAAUGGGCCAAAUAUCUAAUGCCAACACUUUCCGAUUUCAGAUGCUUUAAAUACAUUCCAAAACUUUUGUUUUCUUCCAAAAAGCCAAAUUUAUGUUGUAAUUUCUUUGGUUUUUGUUAACGCGAAUAUUUGUGUUGCCAUCUUGAUUCCUUCAGCUUCGUCUUGUGAUUCCAAAUGCAGUAAAACUCCAUGCUGACCAGUGUUUGUGUAUAUAUUUCUUGCUCCUCAUGUAAGAUAUAGUGCUGUUAUACUGUAACUCAUUCCAGUGUGGUAUGGCUGUGGAUGUCUUUCCUGAGAAUGGAAGCGGUUUGCUCGAGAAAGUUGGUGGCAUGCUUUGUUUUUCUUACUUAAGUCUUAAUUAUUUGUCACUAGACACUCUGACAUGUGCAUAGAGCGCCUGCAAGAAGUGUCACAACACCAGCCGGUUUAAAGGGCUCCGGCUUAAGUUUCUUCAGCCAACAGUCUGAGCAGAAAACACUAACAAAUGCGGCUUGAUUUAAAAAAGCCUUUAAGUCCUGUUUGUUUAACAUGGUGCAGAGGUAUCCUGCAGACUAAUUUGGGUAGGCUUGACGUUUGCUCUUAAAGCCUAAAUCCUUCAAGCCUCCUUUAGAUGUUGAGAUCCAGAGGAGUUAUUCAAGUAUGAUACUUUUCAUUUUAUACUGAUGAAGGGACUGUAUCGCCUUUUUCUGUUGUUUUGCAAGGCCAGAAAUUUAUCAGCAAGGCUGUAAAGCUCAUCAAACGCCUGAAACUAAAAUGUGUAAGUAGAACCCACCUUUAUUGACCUGCUGGGGCCAGUAAAUAAAGUUCAUUUAUUGGAAAUGGAGAGAAAAUGUUUCCUGUCAGUGUAACCGUCGUUUAAUCAGAGUAAAGGCGGCGCUUUGAUGUAGAAAAUAAGCGGCUCUGCAGAAACGUGGACCUGCGAGGAAGCCUGCCGGUACUGACGAUGAUUAAUCACACUCAGUCACAUAGAGACCUGACUUGUAAAAAUUUAUAUUCCCCAACUGGUUGGAGAGUGGUUGAAAGGUGCUGCACCAGAGCUGAUUGCUUUGUUGCUAUCAGAUUGCAUGGAAGACACCAAAUUGCCUGUAAUGCUCACUAAGUAGUAGUGUAACUAGUGUUUGUCUUCAAAGUAAAAGUUGUGCCUUACUUUUGAAAUCAGCUCAUUUGAAAAGUAAGGCACAACUUUUACUCUGAAGGCCAGCCUUCUCCGUUUCCUUGCGUUGCGCUCGUCAGCUUCUGCACCACUUGGCGCGUACUUGUCGAGCAUGUGUAGACAGUUUGGAGUUUUCUGUGCAGGCUACCGUUGACCACAGCAACCUGUGAGGUUUUCAGUGCAGCACCAUGUGGCUUUCUGCCACCACCCACAGCCAGUUGGAGAUGACCUAUUUUUCCCUAUUGACCAGUGAUUACCAGGGGGUUACUGACCAGUUGUCGGCUUGUGUGCCCUGAGGUCAUAGCAACAUUGGAAUGUGAUAUAUAAUUUUAAAAGGCUGUUGAAAAUGUACAUGCUGUAAUUGUGUGGACUGGAUUUAACUUCAUCCGUCAGAUUUGUGUCUAAUUGUGAAUGUUUUCUUUGACUUUUAAAACUAGUGAAGUAGUCUGGUUAGUUACCGAGGAAACCCCCAGGUAAAAACAGCCCGGCUCAGGCCGACAACCAAGCCUGUGUUUUCAGGACAGAUUUGACAACUGUGGUGAAAGAGGAUUUCCACAAGGAAGGAAGUGUUUGUAAGACCUCUUCAGAUGUUUCCGUGUCUGCGCUGACACAUAAAAGGGAAAUUACUACGUUUUGUAUAUUUAUCCCAAAUUUGUGAAAUCCUCUGACACAGCAGCAAAACUUAAUGGGUCAUAACCAACUUCAGGCUGAAGAAAUCCAGGCUUUGCCCGCUUUGACCCGACUGUGGUUGUGACAUCACAGCCCGCAAGCACCUUGAUGUCUUCCAUCUUUUCCUCUCUGUUUCUUCUUUUUGUUUUGGGGUUGUUUAUUUAAAAACACUCUUGUUUGCAGCAUGCAUUUCAAACCAAAACGAAACAUCCGUGUACAAACCGUCAGCUGCUGGUCGCUUUGCUCCUAAUUGUGACUCGUUGCAGUGUUUAGUGCCGUUGUAGAAAUCGUGAUGUAAACUAUAAAUUAUGAAAGAUUUCCGAUGUGACGGAGCUCGCGCGGUGGCAGCGUUUGGUGUUCUGAUUGGACGCGGGUCUUAAAGUGCGUGCUCGGUGUUUAUCGAUGGUAAAUAGUUGUGUGUUAUUUGAGAAUUGUUUGGUAUGUUAUGUUGUAAAAUCUGCACUAUGUCUGGCAUAACAAAGACAACAAAAUGCCCUGUGAUUAUUAUUAUUAUUGUUAUUUUCAUUCGUCUCUGAAUGACUUUGGCCUCUGUUUGUUUACCGUCUUUAAAACUGGAAUGUUGUACAUUUAGUGCCUUUUACAUUUCAUCAGCUAACUUGAACAUCUGCUCAAAAUAGAAAUAAGAUUCAUUUAUUUUCCUUUUAUUGUAUGUAUUUUUUUAUACACAUAAUAUCGCCUCUGUAUCCACUGUUCAAAUUUUAUAUAAAACUUAUUCCUGGCCAACUA